GCGACUGUCAAGGUACCGAUGUCAACGUGCCGGCUCGUCCUCGCGUCGUUGUCGCGGAAUUGCGAACGUAUCAUCCCCGGCACGACUGUGAUCUCGAAGAAGAGCUACUCGACCAUCGCGGAAAACGAAAAGAUCUAUGAUGUCAUCAUCGCCGGAGGCGGCAUGGUCGGUACGACGUUGGCGUGCGCCAUAGCGAACAAUCAGAGAUUGGCAGAUAAGAAGAUCUUACUUUUAGAAGGUAAUGCUGAACAGGAAUACACACCACAGGAGCAAUAUUCCAACCGAGUGGUCGCGUUGAAUCAACAAACCCGUACUUUAUUAUCCAGCAUAGGAGCAUGGAAACAUAUAGAGGCAGUCCGAUAUUCUCCAGUACGAAAAAUGCAGGUAUGGGAGGCAUGUUCCGAUGCUGUGAUAAUAUUCAACGAGGAUUUGUCGUGCAAAGAAUUGGCCUAUAUAAUUGAGAAUGACCUGUUAUUGCACGCGAUCAACAAGCAGCUUUCUGAGAAAAAAAAUGUUACUUUGAUUUAUAAUUCUAAAGUCGCUAAUAUAAAACUUCUGAAGACGGGAACGGAAUUCGUUACUAUACAGUUGCAGUCUGGAGAGCAAUACAGGACUAGGUUACUGGUGGGUGCCGAUGGUGUUAAUUCCCUGGUGAGGAAGGCGAUGGGUGUGAUUUAUCUCAACUGGCAAUACAAUCAAUUGGGCAUCGUUGCGACUGUCAAGCUGUCUGAGCCCACGGAGAACAUCGUUGCUUGGCAAAGAUUUCUUCCAACGGGACCCAUCGCAUUGCUUCCGUUGACAGAUUCUCUCAGUUCACUCGUAUGGUCCGUAACGAAAGAGAAAGCAAAGGAACUAUUGAAAAUCUCGGAGGAAGAAUUUGUCGACAGAAUAAAUGAGGCGCUGUGGCGAAUUUAUCCGAAGAGCAGCAUCGUCGAGAGCGGGAUGCAAGGAUUCCACUGGUUGCUUACAAGACUUGCCUUAAAGACUAAUACAUCCAAGCAAAUGCCACCUUCCGUGGAGGCAAUUGUCGAGGGAUCGCGGGGAGCAUUUCCCUUAGGUUUCGGUCAUGCCUCGUCUUAUGCUCAGUCAGGCGCGGUGUUGAUCGGGGAUGCUGCACAUCGAGUCCAUCCUUUGGCAGGUCAAGGUGUGAAUCUAGGUUUCGGCGAUGUUACAGAGCUGACGAAAAUCCUCGCCGAGGCCAACGUGAACGGCAGUCAUCUCAAUGAUAUGUACUAUUUGCGGACAUACGAGACACUGAGGCAACGUCACAAUGUACCGAUGAUGCUCGCCAUCGAUGGACUUCAUCGGUUCUAUCAACACACUGCGACACCCAUUGUUCUUGGUAGAAGUCUAGGCUUGCAAUUAGUAGACGCUUUCCCGCCAAUCAAGAAACUUUUAAUGCAACGGGCUGCAGGAAAUAGUAUGUUUAACAAAUCCUUAUCAUACUGGGAUGAGACUAGAAUGUACAGAAUGUAAAUAGUGUAAAGAAUGAUUAAUUUAUUCUGUAUUAUACAUAUAUAUCGUCAAAACCAGAAGUGGUAAAUAGGGUACGAUUAACGCGAUUACUACAAUGCUUUGAAGCAUUUUUUAGUUGGUCAAUUUGUAAAAUUCUUUCUUCUAAUUAGUCCAUCAAAUGCUUCAAAGCAUUUGUAGUAAGACUUUGAUCACCGCCAUAGUUCCAGAUCCGUAAUUAGUUUAUGAACGCUCCGAGAUAAUUAUAUUAAAUUUUUUUUAGUUUUAGAUAUAUGGAUUUUCUGGCAAUCUCCACAUGCAACCUUUUUUCCUUUAGAGGAAACAUAUUUGUGUUUUCUCUAAAACACAUUUAAGUUUCUUGUUAACAUAUUUGUACGCAUAUACAGGGUUUGCCAAGGAUGUGGAAAUUCUGUAAUAAUUUUUGUAAAAAAAGAGAAUACCAGAAAACGGUGAAACACAUACUCCAAUAUUUCAAAAAAAAAGGUACCUUUUGCACGAGUGCUGAUUAAUCAUCUUUUCUAAGUGCGCGAGGGUGGAAGAGGUGAUGAAAAUUUUAAAUGGCAUUAGGAGUCGUGGAGGCUUAUUUGAAAGGCUUUUUGAUGGCGAUCAAGAUGUUGAAAAUUUUAAGUCUGUACUAACGAUCCAAAAUAACAGCUAAAAGUGAAAAUUUUCAUGCAUUUAACAUUACUCAUGAUCGUCUCUCCUCACGCACCUGUGGGUGAUGGUUAAGCAUAUUAAAAAGUGGUUUUUUUGGAACAUCAAAACACGUGUUUCGAAACU